AUGAAGAGAAAAUCCGGCAGUGCCAUGGAGGUUGACGAUUCCUUCCUGCCGCUUUUACAGGAUGAGUACAAGGGGAAGAAGCUCCAUGAACCGAUCAACACUGCAGAGGAUAAAUGGCACCUUUUACCAGCUUUUUUGAAAGUGAAAGGUUUGGUGAAGCAGCACUUGGACUCGUUCGAUUACUUCGUUGAUGUGGAUUUAAAGAAGAUCAUUAAAGCAAAUGAGCUCGUGUUGUCAGAUGUGGACCCGCAAUUCUACUUGAAGUACUUGGAUAUCAGAGUGGGGCACAAACUGACACUGGCUCCUGGAACGAAGGAAGUCAUUAUGGCUCCUCACGAAUGCAGACUCCGUGACUUGACUUACUCAGCUCCCAUAUACGUGGAUGUGGAGUAUACACGAGGCCGCAAAAUCAUUAUGCACAGAGAUUUGGAGAUUGGCAGAAUGCCCGUGAUGUUACGUUCUAACAAGUGUGUCUUAGACGGCAUUAACGAGGAUAUGAUGGCCAAAUUUGAAGAGUGUCCUAUCGACCCAGGUGGAUACUUCAUUGUCAAUGGUACGGAAAAAGUCAUUUUGAUUCAGGAACAGCUCUCGAAGAAUAGAAUCAUCGUGGAGGCAGAUGAGAAGAAGGGAAUAGUCCAGGCGUCAGUGACAUCCUCUACUCACGAGAGAAAAUCUAAGACGUACGUGAUAUCGAAAAAUGAAAAAAUCUACCUCAAACAUAACUCGAUCGCCGAAGAUGUCCCCAUCGUCAUUGCUUUGAAAGCUGCUGGUAUAGUUUCAGAUAUGGAGGUUUUGCAACUUGUAUGCGGCUCCAACCCACAGUAUCAAGACUUGUUCGCCAUUAAUUUCGAGGAAGCUGCCAAGUUGGGUGUAUACACACAACAACAAGCUCUCUUAUUUAUUGGCAGAAGAGUUAAAACCGUGCGUCGUGCUGGUGCUCCAAGGUUAUCUCAGCUUCAAGAAGGUAUUGAGGCCAUAGCAACAACGGUUAUUGCUCACUUGACAGUCUCCGAUCUCAACUUCCGUGAAAAAGCUCUCUAUAUCGCCAUUAUGGCCAGAAGAGUGCUCAUGACUAUGCAUAAUCCUGCAAUGGUCGAUGAUAGAGACUAUGUUGGUAACAAGCGUCUAGAAUUGGCUGGUCAGCUCAUGUCAUUGCUUUUUGAGGAUUUGUUUAAGAAGUUCAACUCUGACUUCAAAGCGAACAUCGAUAAAAUCAUGAAAAAACCAAGUCGGACCUCUGAAUUUGACGCAUUGCUUUCCAUCAACAUCCACUCCAAUAACAUCACCAUGGGUAUGAACCGUGCCAUUUCUACAGGAAACUGGUCGCUUAAACGUUUUAAGAUGGAAAGAGCUGGUGUUACUCAUGUGUUAUCCCGUCUAUCCUACAUAUCGGCAUUAGGUAUGAUGACUCGUAUUUCGUCGCAAUUCGAAAAAUCGAGAAAAGUUUCGGGUCCCAGAGCUUUACAGCCAUCACAAUUCGGUAUGUUGUGUACAUCCGAUACCCCUGAAGGUGAGGCCUGUGGUUUGGUGAAGAAUUUGGCCCUCAUGACGCAUAUUACAACGGAUGAUGAGGAAGGCCCAAUAAGGAAACUAUGCUUUAUAUUGGGUUGUGAAGAUAUCAUGAGUAUCGAUUCAGCAACGUUAUACACCGAUGGAAACUACGGUAUUUUCCUCAACGGUACCUUGAUAGGAACCACUCGUUUUCCUGUCAAAUUCGUUCGAGACUUCCGUGCUUUGAGACGUACAGGUAAGAUAUCAGAGUUCGUAUCUAUCUUCACGAACAGUCAUCAAAGCGCUGUUCAUAUCGCUACUGAUGGUGGACGAGUAUGUCGACCACUUAUCAUCAUUGACGAGGAAACAAGGCGCCCGAAAGUGAAACCACACCACCUAGAAAAACUAUUGCUGGGUAAAUGGGUAUUUGACGACUUCUUGCGUCAUGGCCUUGUGGAGUACUUGGACGUCAAUGAGGAGAACGAUUGCUUGAUUGCGAUUUACGAGAAAGACAUAACAGAAAAUUCACACUUACCUUACACGCAUCUCGAGAUUGAACCUUUCACAGUUUUGGGUGCGGUGGCUGGAUUAAUCCCAUACCCACAUCAUAACCAGUCUCCAAGAAACACAUACCAGUGCGCUAUGGGUAAGCAAGCCAUUGGCGCAAUUGCAUACAAUCAGUUCAGAAGAAUUGACACCCUUCUAUAUUUUAUGGUCUACCCUCAGCAACCAAUGGUGAAGACGAAGACUAUUGAGUUAAUUGAUUACGAUAAACUUCCUGCUGGACAAAAUGCUACAGUAGCUGUUAUGUCGUAUUCUGGCUAUGAUAUUGAGGAUGCUUUAGUUCUCAACAAGGCCUCCAUAGAUAGAGGUUUUGGUCGAUGUCAGGUUGUCAGAAAGAACACCAUCCAGCUCAAGAGAUAUCCAAAUCACACAAAAGAUAUCGUUGCAGGUAUGCGGGUGGACGAGAACGGUAAACCAAUCUUCUCUCACGCUGCAUUGGGACCUGAUGGAUUAGGUGAGGUAGGCAUGAGAAUAGAGAAUGGCCAAGUAUAUGCUAACAAGCAAGUGCCUGUGAAUGCAGGUGAAUCCGUUCUUGGCGACACCAGUGUUCCUCCAGGAGGCGAAUCACACAGAGAAACUCCAGCAUACUACAAAGGUCCAGAGCCAUCCUAUGUGGAUCAAGUUAUGAUGUCUGUAUCUGAUAAUGAUCAGGCUCUUAUUAAAGUCUUGAUGAGACAAACGCGUAGGCCUGAGCUUGGUGAUAAAUUCUCUUCUAGACACGGUCAAAAGGGUGUGUGUGGUAUUAUUGUACAACAAGAGGACUUGCCGUUUAACGACGACGGUAUUUCACCAGACAUCAUCAUGAACCCACAUGGUUUCCCCUCCCGUAUGACGGUUGGUAAGAUGAUGGAAUUGGUCUCGGGUAAAGCUGGUGUUUUGAACGGCAGCUUGGAAUAUGGUACAUGCUUUGGAGGCUCGAAACUAGAGGACAUGUCGAAGAUAUUGGUCGACAAGGGAUUUAAUUACUCGGGUAAAGACAUGUUGUAUUCCGGUAUCACAGGCGAGUGUCUUCAGGCGUACAUCUUCUUCGGACCUAUUUACUAUCAGAAAUUGAAACAUAUGGUUCUCGAUAAAAUGCAUGCUCGUGCAAGGGGCCCCAGAGCGGUGUUGACAAGACAGCCUACUGAGGGUAGAUCCAGAGAUGGUGGUUUAAGAUUGGGUGAGAUGGAAAGAGACUGUGUUAUUGCAUACGGUGCGUCCCAACUUUUGCUAGAACGAUUGAUGGUCUCCUCUGACGCUUUUGAAGUGGACGUAUGCAAUAAUUGUGGUUUGAUGGGCUAUAGCUCCUGGUGCAAAACUUGUAAGAGCUCAGAAUUUAUCAUAAGGAUGACCAUCCCAUAUGCGGCCAAGUUGUUGUUCCAGGAGCUCUUGUCAAUGAAUAUCGCACCAAGGUUGAAGUUGGGAGACGUCUUCUAA